GUUGCAAUGAAGGCAAAAUGGAAUGGCCUCAUGGUUUUGCUCUUAGUGGAAGUUCAAUCAUCAACCAUAUGGUACAUGUCAGAGGAAACUCGAUUGACUAUGAUAGAUGGGAAGCUAUGGGAAAUCCGGGAUGGUCUUACAAGGAUAUGUUUCCCUAUUUUCUCAAAUCAGAAGAUUCUCACCUUCAAAUGCAAGAUGAGGGAUAUCACAAUGUAGGUGGUUAUUUGUCAGUAAGUGAUGUUCCAUUUCGGACGAAAGCCGCAGAUGCUUAUAUAAAGGCAGCUCAAGAAGCAGGUCAUCCAUAUGUGGAUUAUAAUGGAAAAAAUCAGCUAGGGGUGUCCUACGUUCAGUCAACUACUCUUAAGGGAAGAAGGUGCAGUGCUGAGAAAUCGUUUCUGAGACCGGUUCGAAAGAGACCCAAUUUGAAAAUUCAAACNAUAAUAUUUAUUUGUCGAAAACAACUACAAUUGAAUACUGGUGGCAAACCGAAUAAACCACAUCCCAUCCUCAUUGAGUGUAGCAACAGUAAAGUAAGAACAGCUAUUCUUACCAAGGCCAAAAAACUCAAGGGUACAGGAAUAUUCAUAUCGCCCUAUUAUCCUUCGGAAGAAUAUCAGAAAAAGAAACGCCUCUUUCAUUGUCAGAAUACUGCCAGGCAGCAAGGAAUGAUAGCAACAAUCAAAUGUUAUUCCCUUGUAAUAGACGGUGAAAGCUACAGCCUUGACAACCUGGAAAUACAGCCCUUUAUGAAUUUUUCGACGGACCAUCAUUCGAGUAAAUCAACGCUGCAUAGAAGUGACAGCGUCUCCUCCAUUACAAGCAGUUCAUCUCAAAAAAGGCAGCUUGAACAAGACGAUCCCAUCAUUACUGUUCCUGCUAAGAAAAAUCUUCGUAUUCCCGUUAUUCAGGAUUUGCCGGUUGGAGUUGAAAUGUAUGACCACCCCACUUUCCCUGGAAUUUUUUUUCGACUAAAUGAAAGUAUAGGCAUUGACCUGUUGAAGGAACUAACAAGUUCAAUGACGUUCUCUCAAUAUUUCAGGGAAUCUAGGGGAUUUUUCUCAUCUAUAGGGGGAAUUGAAGCAAUGACAUACAUAAGAACAAAUGUUUCAUCAGAUCCAGAUCUUUCCUAUCCUGACAUGGAAUUGCUUUUUCUUGCUGGAUCAUUUAAUACCGAUUAUGGUGUUACUUAUAGAACACUUUUAAAUAUACCGCCUACUAUGUAUAAUGCAAUUUGGAGGCCCUUAGAAGGAAAGCCGGUAUAUCAAGUAUUUCCUAUGCUAGUUCAUCCAAAAUCCAGAGGAUACAUAGAAUUGAGGUCUAGAGAUCCAUUAGAUUCACCCAAAUUCUAUGCGAACUAUCUAUCUGAUCCCGAAAAUCACGAUGUCAGAACUUUCAUAGCAGCAAUAAGGGAAAUACAAAGGAUUAGCCAAAGCCCGUCUCUACAAAGAUAUGGAGCUAAAAUAGUUGACACUAAAAUACCUGGUUGUGAAGGCUACCAGUUCAAUAGUGACGAAUAUUGGGAAUGUUCGCUGAGAACCAUUAUUGGUAGUCUCUACCAUCAAGUUGCUACUUGCAAAAUGGGUCCUAAGAAUAAUGGAGCAUCAGUAGUAGAUCCUCGUUUGAAAGUUCAUGGAAUAAAACAGUUACGUGUGGUCGACACAGGUGUUAUACCACUUCCUCUGACUGCUCAUACAAAUGUGCCAGCAUAUGCGAUUGGAGAAAAAGCUGCUGAUUUGAUAAAAUCUGAUUGGUUCAACAACUGAUCUCGUUAGGCACAACUAUGAUUUUCUAUAUAUAGCAUCAAAAACUACAA